GGCCGGCGCGGGCCCCGGGCGCCCGGGCGGCGCGGACUACGGCUCCCAGCAUCCCGCGAGCCCGGCCCGGCCCGGGCGGGGAGGCGGCGGCGGUUGCGGGGCUGCGGCGGCGGCGCGAGGCAGGCAGCGGGCGGUGCCCGUGCGGGGCAGCCCAGCCCGGUGCGGGGGGGCGCGGGGGUCCUGCCCGGCCGUUUGGGGGGCGCGGGGAAACCUGCCCCUCCUGCACCUAGCCCACCACCCGCGACCUGCCUGUCCCCUGCCGCCCCACGCCCCGCAGUGCCGGGACCCUCCCCACCCGGGGGGGACGGGCGUGUAGCUUGCUCUCUGUAUGGGCGCAGGGGAGCACCGCGGUGCCUGCACCGACAACCCAUGGCCGGGACCUGACGCUGCAGGAGAUGCACAGGAAAGCAUCUUGUCUCGCCGCACCGAGGGAGAGCUGCGGGGCUGUGGCUGGCGGGACGGGACGGGGCGAGGCGGGGGCUUGGCCUGAGCUCGGCUGCGGGCCCCAGGGUCCAGCUCAAGCCACCCAGCUCCGCCCGCCCGCCCGCGCCCCGUGGCGCAGCCCUGGGACCGGCGUUGUGGCUGCAGCAUCUUCCAGAAAGGCCCCUGAGCACGAAACGGGGAAGCUCCGUGGGUUGUGGCUGGCUCUGGUGCUUGCAGCUCCCACCCUGCACCCAGGUCCUGCCUGGGAGCUGCUCGGCCCCAGCUGUCCCUGGUUCCCCCCACCAUGUCCCAGGCCCUGUGUUCCCCCUGGGGAGGCCUCGUGCACUGCAGCCGGUCCCCUCCGUCUCUUUGCCAAGCUCCCCCAGCCUGGAGCCAGCGGGUGUGUUCUCCAGGCCUGGAUGCCAUCCCUCAGGGCUGCAGGAUAGGCAGCCAGCUCCGGUCCCCGCUCAUCCCUCCCUGCUGACGCCUCCUAGCCUUGAUUUCCCUUCUCUUUCCAGGUCACCACAGAAAACACCGGUGAGCUUCAGGCCCAGCAGCAACCGCAUGGAGUCCUCUGAGGGACGUUAUCAGUGAUGCCUCUGCUCUGACGACAGCUCUGAAAGCGGCCCGAUGCUGAGGAUGGAGCCGACGGUGCUAAUGCUGCCCUAAGGGAUGUUGGAGCAGAGCCCCAGAUAGGAGCCUGGCUCUGGGCAUGGGGGCAGUGCCGGGGGUGGGCUCUGUCUGUCUCUGGGCCCCCCCCGGCCUGGCAGCAGCUGGCUCCUGCCCUGACCUGCCCAUGCCCAUGCCAGCAUGAAGCAGCCCAAACAGCCCCCGCGGCCCUUCCGCAUCCUGGGCCUUUUUGGGCGGCAGCCACAGGCCCCCAGGGAGGUGCUGGUGCCUGAGCCCACCCCCGGAGGCCCAGCAGAGACGCGGGUGAUGGUGCCGCCUGGCGAGGAGCGGGGACUGAUGGAGUGCCCGCUGUGCCUGCUGCCCCAGCCCCCAGGCGCCUUCCCCACCCUGAGCACCUGCACGCACCGCUCCUGCCGCACCUGCCUGGAGACCUACCUGCGCAUCGAGGUGGGUGAGCGCCGUGUGCCUGUGGCCUGUCCCCACUGCCCCGCGGCCCUGCUGCCCACCGAGGUGUGCCAGCUGCUGCCCGAGCCCGCCCUGCGCAACAAGUACGAGGAGCAUCUGCUGCGGCGCCUGCUGGCCGCUGACCCCAGCACCCGUUGGUGCCCUGCACCUGACUGCAGCUAUGCGGUGAUCGCCUACGGCUGUGCCGACUGCCCCCGGCUGACUUGUGGGCGCGAAGGCUGCGGCACCGAGUUCUGCUACCACUGCCGGCAGCCCUGGCACCCCGGUGCUGCCUGUGCCCCUGUCCCCGGCACCACCGACCCUGGCACCUUGCUGAUCCACCCGGAGGAGGCGGCGCAUGAUGCAGGAGUUAUCAAGGUUUGCCCCCGCUGUGGUGCCUUUAUCAUGAAGAUCGACGACGGGAGCUGCAACCGCAUGAGCUGCACCAUGUGUGGCUGCCUCUUCUGCUGGCUCUGCCUGCGCGAGGUUACCGACGUGCAUUUCCUCAGAGCUGGACGGACGCGGUGCCUCACCCCCUCCAGCCCAUCUGGCUGCACCUUCUGGGGCAAGCGGCCCUGGUCGCGCACACGAAAGCUGCUGUGGCAGCUGGGUAUGGUGCUGGGUGCGCCCAUGGUCAUCUCGCUCAUCGCUGGCAUUGCCGUGCCCGUCAUCACCAUUGGUCUCCCCGUCUACAUGGGUCGCAAGGUGUUGGGGCGCAGCCGGAAGAGCAACCUGUCAGGGUGCCAGCGGUGCUUGUCAGUCAGCAGCAGCGUGCUCCUGUCCCUCUUUGUCUCCCCCAUCAUCACCGCCGUCACCGUGGGGGUCGGAGUGCCCCUGCUGCUCACCUACGUCUACGGCGUGGUGGUGCUGUCACUGUGCCGCAACCGCUGGGGCUGCGCAGACGGCAGCGGGAAGCCUGGGGACCCCGGCAUGGUGGAGCUGGAGAACCUCGCCAAACUGAACGAGCUCUGGGCCGUGCUGCCCAACCCGCGGGCAGCUGAGGAUGUGACCCCCGACACAGCCUCCUCCCUGCCCAGCAGCAGCAGCCGCCGCCGCAGCCAGCGCCACCAGGCCGGCUGCAAGGACCAAGACACCCAGUCUGCAAGCACCAUGGCCCUGGCUGGCAGCAUCCUCAGCGAGGGCCAGGACGCAUCCUACAGGGAAGGCGUGAACUUCGAGGUGGAAGUGGCGAUCGAGGCAGAGCCACGGGCCGGGCAAGAGCAGAGCCUGUGCAGUGCGCCCUCAGGGCACAGCCUCUCCGGGGACUCUCUGGGCUGUGCCAGUGACGCCUGCAGCACGCCUGGGGCCCUGGGCGAGUGACCGGGGUGGCAGAGCUGAGCCCCACACUCAGAACGGAGCGGUGCCGGGGACGCUCCACUGGCCCCGUGGCUGCACCUUGCUCGACCCCUCCAUGGGCCGGCUGCGAACUCUGACGCUUGCAGGCAAUAAAGCAGUAGCCGAAGCA